AUGAAACUUAACCUGGCCUUUGGCCUAGUGUUUUUCCUUGCAACCGCAGAAGCUGUAGGAGCUUCUAGCUGGUGGAGUAAAGCUGUUUACAAUAAAUGGCAUGAGACAGAGCUUGAGAGAUGGCUCUCAGACCAUGACAUUCCUUACCCUACUCCCGCCGACCGCAGGGACCUCGAAAGCUUGGUCAAGUCCAACUGGGAGUCCAAGGUGCAGAAGCCCUUGGGCUCUAUCUCUGAUCAGAUCUCAGAUGAGUUUCACCAUGCGAAAGAAUGGGUCUUCGAUACCUGGUCGGAUUCGCAGCUCAAAGCAUUCCUCGACUACCACGGUAUUCCCGCCCCUCAGCCCCGCAAACGCGACGUCCUUGUCAAAACUGCCCGUGAACAUUACGAAGCUAUCGCGAAGAAAGUUGGCGAGACAGCCGCCUACCCUGGUAACUGGGUGUACCAGCAGUGGUCCGAGUCCGAUUUGAAGGAAUGGCUCGACGAGCGCGGAUGGCCCGUCCCCCAGCCUACAACCCGCGACAAGCUUAUCGCCAUGGUGCGCCGCAAUUCCCGAAGCGCUAGUCUCCAGGCGCGCGCCCUUACUGCGUCCGCUAGAGCGUCCGCCGAAGCCGCGCAGGCAUCACUAAGUGAAGAACUGUUCAACGCCUGGUCCGACUCCAAGCUGAAGGAGUUUCUCGACGAGCACAAUGUGCGAGUGCCGCAGGGCUCCAAGCGUAAUGAGCUGAUCGCCCUUGCUCGUAAACAUCGCGCUCAUCUCGUUGGCCAAGCUGCUAGUGCAUCCGUUGCUGCCUCUGAGGCUGUCAGUGCCGCUACUACCAAAGCUGGAAAUGAGUAUGCUCGGGCUACGGAGGAUGCGAAGCUCAAGCUGGAGGAUUCGUUCAAUACUGCUGUCAACACCUGGUCGGAUUCACGCCUUAAGGCUUUUCUCGAUGCUCGGAGCGUCCCCGUUCCCCAGGCUGGUAAGCGUGAUGAACUGAUCGCCGCCGUGCGUGCUAGUGCGCACAAGGCGGCUGGUGGGUGGAACCAGUACAACUUUGACACUUGGGAUAAAGAGCAUCUGCUCAAAUAUUUGUCUGCCGUCAAUGACAAGUAUGCGAAGAAGGCAGACGCCUCUCGUGAAGAGCUGGCCAAGUACGCCGAGGAAAAUUACGUCAAGGCUUCCAAGGUCGGCGGCGACAAAUAUGCAUCGGCUACUGCGGCUGCAGCACGGGCUACUGGCUCUAUCAAGGAUACCACGUUUGAGCAGUGGUCGCAGUCCGAUCUCAAGAAGUACCUGGACUCCUACGGUAUCCCGGUGUACCAAGGUUCCAACAUCAACGAGCUUCGGGCUGCCGCUCGCCGCCACGCUACCUAUUUCAAAUAUGGCACAAAUAGCCCCCAGGACACCAUUUAUGCCAAGGUAGUAGAUACCUUGCAAUGGGCUUUUGAGCAGUUGAAGAUUGGUGCUUCCAGUGGCCGCGUCCAGGGCCAGGAAGCUGCUGAGAAGGUCCGCGAGAAGGCCGCUGAGCAGACUCAGCGCUUGCGCAAUGAGCUGUGA